AACAUGCAGCGGCAUUAGCCCCCCCGUUGCUCACCGCUGAACGUGUUAUCGUGCAGAUCCAGAAACCUUAAUGCAGUUAGCGCCGGGAUGCCAUCAAGGCUUCCUGCAGUGGCGGCGUGACAAUGACAACGUCAACCGACUGCAGGCCUGUCCCCCACCCACAUGAAGACUGUUUAGGCUGUCACGGACAACCCCCAGCAGCAUCGCGUGCAGCAUCCGUGACACGCACCUUCACCCUUGUUCCCAAUGUACUGGAGAGACUGUGGAGCGAGGUGGACCAGCACGUGAGAGGCGGGCCGGCACGUGUCGCGGGACGGCAGUGACAUUUGAAUGACACGUCAAUCCACAUUCAUCGGCAGCAUUCUAUCGCGCACUCCAACCCGCUGACCAUCCCAUGUCCUACUCACGUACACACCGUGAGAGAGGAGAGAGGAGUCAAGUUCGUCGGCAGGGCGCUAGAAAAGGGCUGGCCGUUGUUGGCCCUGCAUGCGAUUCAGGUCCGUGAGUUAGCCGCGGUCUAUGUGGUUGCUAAGGUGGUUGGGAAAGCGGUACAGGAUGGACUGAAGACUGCAGACGAAGGUGUCAUAUCUAUGCGUCAUACUUGAGAUUACAUGAAUGGCGGGAUCAGCAGGUACGAAUGGACAUGGGCCGUGGACCUCCGGGAUCCAUGAGCCGCCAGGAGUGCCCACUCUUUGCAAAAAUGCGACGGCACAGAAGAGCGCAAGGGUCGCCGACGGUACCACUUACCAGCAAUCAGCAAUGCUGAGGGCCGUGAUCUGUGCGCAAAGUAAGGGAUGGAGUUGUGGCAACGGUUGUGCGGUUGCAACAAUAACAGCCAACCAAGAAUACCGG